UGCGAGCCACUGCUGGCUGAGCCCUGCCGGCAUCCGCUGCGCCGGCAUGUCCGCCUCGCCGCCUGCGACGCCGCCGCCCGAGCUGCCGGCCCCGCUCGCCGGGCUCGGCUUUGCGCAGCAUGUCAUCCCGCCCUCGCCGCUCGCAGCGCGCAGCGCCGCUGAGACGUUGCCGCCAGAGCGCAACUCAGCUGCAGCAGCGCCGCCCGAGCUGGGCCAGCCCGAGCCUGCUGCUGCGGCAUCCUCCACCUCGGCGGCCCGGCUCGCGCCCGCUGCCGAGAUCCUCUCGCCGCCCGCUCCGCCGCCGCUCUCGCGCUUCUCGAGCAGCUACAGCAGCUACUCGGCGCUCUCUGCCGGCUCGACGUCUGCCGCCGCGGCUGCGCCCGUCAUCCUCGGCCUAGCCGUCGUCGACUUCAACCACCUCGUCGGCCCGCAGGUCGAGUUCACCGUGCCCGAAGCCCUGGCGCAGGACGCCGACAUUCUCGCCUCGCUGCCGUUCCUCGCGCUGCCGGACGGCUCGCAUCUGUCCGACGAGGACUUCUGCCACUUCCACCUGCUCGCGCCCGCACUGCAUCCGCACACGGUGUUCGGCAUCAGCUGCAAUCGCCAGAUAGCCAGCAGUCUGCUGACGCAUAAGGGCAAGGAAGUGACGCGCGGGACGGUGCAGAAGGCCGUCGUCGUGCUGGCGCGUGAGCCAAUCUUCGGGCCGAUUCGCGAGAAGCUGGGCAUCGUGACGCGCGCCUUCUUCGCGCAGGGCGACCUCUCCGACAAGCACAUCCUCGAGGACUUCUGGGGCACGCUCGAGGAAGGGCUUGGCGCCUGGCGCCGCUCGCCGCUGCUCGCCGGCGGCAGCGACAGUGGUGCGCCCGAAGACGCAGGCGAGCGCGAGCGCGAGAAGGAGCGCGAGGCGGAGUGGGAGGGCAACAUGUACAUGGGCACGAGUCUGCGGGAGCUCGUAUACAAGUGGCGCUUCAAGACGCUCAUGCUGCUCAAGCUGCUGCUCUUGCAGCGCAAGAUCAUGUUCUUCGGCUAUCCGGUCGAGCGGCUCUGCACGUAUCAGUAUAGCCUUGUGUCGAUGGUGCCGAACCUGCUCCUCAGCCUUGCCGACGCCGGCUCGCCGCUGCUCGACUCGAGCAACGGGCGCCGGAACAAGGCCGAGAGCCUCAAGACGUCGGACAAGAAGAGCAUGCUGCGAUUCAUGGGCCUGCCGCUGGAUCUGUUCGGCAAGGGCGCAUUCUUCCAGCCGUACCUGCCACUGCAGCAGAUCGACCUGGCCAGCAGCGCCAAGAGCUUCCUGGUCGGCACGACGAACAGCAUCUUCAAGCAGCAAAAGGAGUGUGGCACGGACGUCAUCGUCGAUCUCGAACACACAUCGCUCGAGUUCGUCGGCGCAGAUCCGAGGCUGCAGGCGGCGAUCAACCUCACGCCUGCCGACCGCAAGUGGAUGGACGAGCUGGUAAACGUCGUGACAGACACAUGGAACGUCGACGAUCCGACACGGCCCUCCACCAUGCAAUACCUCGGCAGCGACGACUACCUCAGGUCAAAGUUCGAGGACUACAUCUGCUCCUUGCUCUCCACGGUCAAGUACACCGACUUCCUGACCAAGGGCGAGAAGAGCGACCUGUCCAUCUAUGCACCUGAUGCUGCAGCGGCUGCGGCCUUCGGUACCGAGUUCAUCGCUGCCUUCAAGCGCACAGCUGCGUACGAGAUCUGGGACGACGCGACAGAUCCGAUGGUCUUCGAUCUCUUCGAGCACAAGCACCCGUGCGAGGGCAAGGUCUCUGCGCUCGAAGACGUCGGACUGCGCGUUACUGCGGGCUUGCACGACCUGCAUCUCGAGGAGCAGCUGGCGCCCACUCGCGAAGCCAUCGGCGCCGCCAUCACGAGCGGCUCGGCGACGGCGUGGAAGUUCGCCAACAAGCUCGGCAGCGACCUGGCACGCAUCCGCCGGGAACAGCUGGCCAAGGCCGAGGCGGCCGCCGCUGCCAAGGCCGCGAAUGCCGGGCCCACAAACGGAUCGAGCGAGGCUGGAUCUGAGAGAGGCUCGCCGGACGGGACGACUCCACGCACCAGCCAAUCUGCCUCGUCGGGUCCGGCCGCAGCAGACUUGCAAGCGCAGGCCACUGCUGCUGCUGCACAAGCGAGCACGCAAGUUCGCGCAGCGUUCGGCUCUUUUGGCUCCUUUCUAGCAUCGAAGCGCACAGCAUGGAGCGCCGCUGCCUCGCCGGCUGCAGCACCAGCCGCGGCCGCUGCUCCCGUCGAGCCUGCCACAUCGCUGGCGACGGCGCGCACGCUGCGCUCAGGGCCGAUGGCUCGGCGGGUCUCGGGCCAGGACUCGCCUGCUGCCUCACCGAGCGGUGCCAGCGGCGCCACCCUCGUCGCCGGCCGCCGCACGCCGCGCUCUAGCAGCUCGGCACUGCCUGGCGCCCGCAUGUCGCUUCUGAUCAACGACCCAGACUCGCCAGCGGCAAGACGCGACGCCGCCAAGGCCGCUGCGGCUCUGCAGGCUGUGGCCAACGGCGGCGUCGCGGCACCGUCCAGUCCGAUGCUCGCCGGGUCCUCAUCGCCGAAUAUGCGUCCGUCGUCGGGCGUCUUUCUGCCUUCGUCGCCAGCACUCAGGCCGGGCACUCUGUCAAGCUCGCCUGGCAGAUCUGCGCGAUCACCAUCGCCGGGCCUCGGAGCGGAGCUGCCCUCGUAUCCUCCGCAGCCGGCUUCGCCUCGCAGCCCGCGCGAAGGAUGGAGUGCGCCGCCGUCGCCAAGCAUUCCGGAGGAGAAGGAGCAUCAAUAGAGCAGGUGCCGUCCGGACUGCAGCGCAUCGUGUCAGCCCUCCAGCGACAGCCACGUCGCGGCCGACCUGCUGUCUGCUGUCCGGCGCAUAGGAGCAAGCGGUCACAUCGGGAGCCGCACGUCACGCAUCUAUGCAUUCCGCACGCUCUCCGUCUAAUCAUCCAGUGCCGCCUCGAGCAGACUUGCGAACGUCGCCGGCAGCUCGCGCAGAUCCGUCACGCUGUAGCCGACGCCGGGCAUCUGCGGCGCCGCCUGGCGGCCCUCGCGCGUGUCGAGGAAGAUGAUGCUGCCCUUGACCUUGUCAGAGCUGCGCAGCGCGCGCGACAGCUCGUCGGUCGUGAUGCCGUAGCGUCCGAGGUUGGCGU